GAUAGAUGGAGAGGUGAAGAUGAAUGAAUGAGACUGAACACAGUAAGGAUGUUAAGAGAAGAGAUGGAAAGGUUAUAACUCAGAAAUGAUGAAAUGAUGAAAGAAGGCAAUGGAAACGGAAGUCCCGGCGAAGGUGUGUAUGUGUGUGUACCGCUAGGAGGCGGGUUGCAUGGGGGAGACAUGUGCCGACAACGAAAGUGGAGGCAGGGGCAUGUUUCCCCUGGCAGCAAUAUAGUUAGGAUAAGAAGUAAUUGUAAAAGAAUGUAUAGGGGUGGAUUGCUCCCUUAAAAGCGCCUUAUAACCCCAAGGGUAAUAAAGUAUCUAAUCUAAUUAGUUAAAAUAGUUAUAAGAGUAGUAUAGGUAGAGGAAAAAAAUAUAUAUAACUAAAUAGCAGGCGAGAGCAAAUAUAUUUUUCUUUUCUUUUGUAAUUUACCAAAUGUAAAUUUGCGGUGUAUUCAGGCCUAGUUCGGGACGAAUUAUAACCGUCAAAUAAUUGGACCAUAUUUCUUUGAAGAAACUAUCAACGGACAAGUCUAUCUUAGGAUCCUCAAAACAUAUUUGUACGGCGUUUUGGAAGUUAUGUCACUUGACCAAAGAAGAAAUUUAUGGUUUCCACAGGAUGGUGCUCCACCUCAUUAUGUUAUAUCAGUCCGAAAUUGGUUGGACCAACAUUUUCACAACAGGUGGAUAGGACGUGGUGGACCAGUAACGUGACCUCCGAGAUCACCUGAUUUUUCUGCCUGCGACUUUUUUCUUUGGGGCUAUUUGAAACAGAUAGUUUUUGAAAUACCAGUGGAAAAUGUUAACCAACUACGUACGAGGAUUAUAGGUGCAUGUACAAAAGUAAGUGAUAAGAUGUUGAAACGUGUAGAAUCAGAAUUUUUGAGAAGAUUGUAAAGUUGUAUUCUUAAUGACGGCGGACAUGUUGAAGGAAGGACUAAAUACAAAAUGUAUUAAAAUGUUCUUGUUAUGUUUAACUAAAUACACACAUUGAAAAAUGUAAAGAGUGUGAAUAAUAAAGGUUUUUUGUUAAUUUAUGACCUUGUAUGACCUUGAAUGACCUUCAAUUAUAGGUCAUUGUACUCGUCUUGGCACCCGCUAUCACACUAUAAAUAAAAAAGUACAGCAUCCCAUUUAAAAAACUUCAGAUGACAUUGAGAUUGUCCUCUAUACCUCCACUCACAAAAAAGCUAUUUGCACCAUAUUAUGCCCUCUUUCUAACCAAACAACUUUUGUUUGAACAACUUUUUUGUAUCUUUACUUUUCUACGAAAUAAUUAUGCGUAUCCACUUAAAUCAGACAUACUGUAUAACAGCUUCAUCUAGUGUCUAAAAGUUUUGACAUCAAUGUAGUCUAUCGCCGAAUACAUCAUAAAUACAAAUAUGCCUUCUAAAAAACUUUAAACUUUAAAGUAAAAAACUUUAAAUUAAAAAAUUAUCAACUUGUUACUUUCAGUUAAAUGCUGCUAAAGGUAGCCGUAAAACAAUUCCGAGAGAUAGAAGAAUGGCAUUAUAAACUGACAAAUUGUAUGACGUCUUAUUUUUAAAAACUUCUAUAUUUAUCAAUAAUCGUUGUGACAAUGUUUUGCAAUUUUAAACUAAUUUCGCGGUGAAUUAUACCACAGGAUAUGAACUAGUCGUAAUUUUGGGUCUUUCGAUAUAAUCUAUAUACAUAUACAUACUGAUACUGAUAGACUGAUAAAACAUUAUUUAUUUGAAGAGACAUAAUUUAUAAAUAAUUGCUUUUUGCUUAUCAAUGUAACGUCAUACCUCGUUUGCCUUGAUAUAUAUUACUAACAUAUGCGUAUAAGUAUUCCAGUAUAAGCUUUCUGUUCAUGGGAUUCAAUUGGUCAUUAGAAUCUAUAUUCGAAACUUGAAUUAAAAUUUUUGCUAGUAUACGCACUCUGUUACUUCUUAGAAGAUGUUAACAUCAGUGCAUUUCUGCCUUCUUUUGUUCCUUGCCACCAGAAUAAUAUACAGUCAAACAGCGUGUUCGUGCGAACUACCAAAUUCCGACUUCGCAAAUGGUGUUAACUUUAUCCAUUAUAAUUGCAAUAAUGUCACUCCUACGACAAUGACCUAUAACAUUACAGCGCCACAAGAUAUACUAGAUGUUUUAGAUCCUAAUAAACGUACAAUAUUUUAUGUCUUCGGAUUUAUGAAUACACCGACUGACAGCAAUGUUAAAACGAUGAUCAAAGCCCUUUGUUCUGGAAAUACCGAUAAUGUCGUGUUGUUGGAUUGGAGCAAGUAUAAUCAACACAUAGAUUAUCCACGUGUCUUUAAGAACGCCGAAAAAGUGGGAAGUUUAUUCGCUCGUAGUUUACAACUAUUUAAGGACGAGGGUUUCAACACAAGUACGAUUUAUAUUAUCGGGCACUCCGUAGGCGCUCAUAUAAGUGGUUUGGUUGGCUAUUGCACCAAUUUCACUAUACCUCGCAUUACAGGAUUGGAUCCAGCGAAUCGUCUCUGGUAUCCUUUUGGAUGCUAUCUCGCACCCACGGACGCGUCAUGGGUUGACGUUAUUCACACGGAUAGUGGUGAAUGGGGCACUCCCAAAUCUAUGGGAACAGCAGAUUAUUACGCAAACACUGGCACUGUUAUACAACCCGGUUGUCCAUUUAAUGCUUCAUCAGUAUUAAGCAUACUGUCUUGUAGCCAUCAAAUGUCAAUCGAGAUAUAUGCAGAAUCAAAAUAUGAACCUGACAAAUACGUAGCAAUGAGCUGUCCUUCUUUUGCUUCGUUUAUAUUCGGUCUUUGUAAGAAUAACGCAAAAACUGGUGUGGGAUAUGCAGCAUCGAAUGUGACUGGGAAAUAUUACUUCAAUACUACACACUCAUUACUCUAAAUGAUAACCGACCAUGCUGGUCGAUCUCAUUAAGUAGCAUGAUGAAUAUUUGUCCAUAGUAUUUAUAAUAUGAAUAAUGUGUGCAGUAUAUAAAAAGAAUAUCCCUCUAAAAAACCCUUACAAA